AUGUGGCUUUCGUUUGCAGUUUUGGCUGCAGCUGUUGUCACUCAUGUAGCUUACGGAUUCAUGCAGUGUAGGCAGCCCAACUAUUUGGCCAAAGGUGGAAAGAUCUUUGCAGUGGAUCCCAAUGAUGAAUCCAUACAAACUGAAAUUCGUAUCAAGGGAGUUACAUGGGGUGGUAUGGAGACGAUCGAUAUGAUUCCAGACGGACUUUGGGGCACGGAGAGUCCUAACUCCAUGGGAACUCAAGCCACUACCAUUUCGAAAUUGCAAGACUUUCUUGAUUCAAAUGGCUUUAACUCCAUUCGACUAUCACUUAAUGCCGACUAUGUAAUCAAAAAUCCCGAUCCUCAACUCACAUACAUUCACGCUUUUGAAAAUCCGGAGCUUACGACCUGGGAAGACCCGGAAAAUGUCGACUAUAUCAAUUUUCUUGCUCGUGUCGUUGAAACCUUGCAAGAUCGAAAGUUGACAGUACUUUUAGAUAUCCAUCGAUUGACCAAGUACGAAAAGGAUGCUUUUUGGUAUACGAAUCCUUAUGUAGAUGUCAGAAAGUCUGGAACAUACAAGGCGGUCACAAUUCUCGCAGAAAAGCUUUGCGGUGCUCGAUUCUGGAAUGUCAUAGGAAUUGAUCUUAAGGACGAAAUGAUGCGAGCACAUUGGGAGGCCGACCCAGCGGAUUCGGAUGAAACAACCGACUGGCACAAUGCUGCAGGGAUUUUAGCCAAUGCUGUCCUCCAGCGUUGUCCCCAGUGGCUAAUCUUUGUCGGGGGAGCUAGUUCGUACACUGAUGCUCAACGCUUUCGUGUCAACGAGAAGUAUGGAUUGAGCACCCAUUGGAAUGGUGGCAACCUUAAGAACGCCACACUCAACCCGUUGCAAGUUAACACUAGAAACAAAAUUGUAUAUGCACCACAUGCCCAUGCUCACGGCGUGGAGCCUAAAAACUACUUCUACGAACCUUCGUCCAACUGUACCAAUGACAUUGAACAGUUUGAGUCUCUUGAUCUGACUGCAGAUCAGAAAGAAACACGAUGUGUUGAUUUUAUCAAUGGCACAGAAACGAAGAGUAAGCUUCCCUGUAGAGACUCUCAAGUUGCAUGCAGCAUGUAUGAGCACAUUUCGAUUCAAGCAACUUUAAGGAAUUACGAGGCUGUCAUGACAGAAGCAUUGGGUAAUUUACCUCAGAAUCCUGAUAUUUCUCUAGUGCUUGGAGCAUUUAGCGGAGUCUACGGAAAAGCUCAACCUCAUCAAACGGCCGUGCUCGAGUAUCUGAUCGAUUUUGCAGCCUCAGUUCAAGGAGGGUACUUUUACGCAUUAAAUCCCAACACGCAAUUAUAUCUCGAAGAUUCCGAAGACGGUGAGGGUGGCACUUUCGCAGUAACCCACUACGGGCUGAUGCAGACGUCUUCUUGGCAAGAACCAUACAAUGAUCUCCUUGAAGCUCUCACACAAAUUCCUUCCAGCGCUAUUCCAUGCUACGGAGGGACGGAGACCAACGCUGCAGCAUCCCCACUAAGGGACGCUGCGUUGGUGAUAGGGAAUAUUGUUAUUGCAAUCGCAUUCUGA